AUGGAUGUAGAGCGCUUCGGUGACAUGAGAUCCGCACUCAGUAAUAUGAUUCAAGGACUAGGAUCAGGAUAUGUUAGAAUUGGAAUCUUAUUUUAUGGCUCUCUAAGUACAGUGGAUGUUGUUCAUAGUCCAUCCAAUAAUAAGGAGUCUAUUCAUCGUAUUAAAGCAAAAAUUGAACAAAAACAAUUUCGUACCGAUAGUGAACAGAACCCAUCAACAAUUUACGAUGCUCUUAGAGAAGUUGAAAGUAUGUGUAACAGAUCAUGUCGUAAUAUAUUUAUUCCACGUGUCACUGUUGUGAUAACAAGUGCUUCACAACCCAAUCCCAGAAAAACUGACACUUUGCUACUCGGUGCAACUUUACGCAUGACAAUAAUCGCAAUUGGUGUUGGUUCACACGUUGAUCGUACGACUUUGUCGUUGAUCGCAUCAGAACCGUUUACCUAUACUGCUUCUUAUCACAGUUUCUCAGCAUUGAUCAUAGGGACGCAAUAUAUCAAUUCGUUGACUUCAUCAGUUCCAGCUGUUUUACAAUAUGAAGAUCUACCUCUUGCUAAAUAUUAUGACGAGAACGAUUUGGAUUGGUAUAACACUGUUCAGUACGUCGUUACUAAUCCCAAAGAUCAUAUUGUGGUACUUAGUUUCGAAACUGAUGCAUGCUGUAGUCGUGACUCUCCGAUUAAGGUGUACGCCUCGAAAAUUGACCCUAUGCCUACGAAUGACAAUGCUGGGGAGACUCGAUCUUACACAUCAGAAAAAUGUGGUGACGUUAAUCGUUUCAAAUAUUAUUUUCUAAUGCGAGAGCAGUAUAAAAGGCUCUAUGUUAGCUUCAUGGUAACCGGUAAAGCUCAAACGGUUAAGUAUCAGACAUCGAUAAUUGACUACAAUACAAUGACAUCAGGUACACUUUUGAUGAAAAUUAAAAUUCUUAUUGUUGCUUUUCGAAUGAAACAAGACCAAAAGCUCAAUUCGUUUCCUGUACUCAAAACUUUGUAG